AUGGCCCACGCCGCGGCCCACCUGAAGAAAGCUCGCGAGUUCGAGCAGCCGCCGGAGCUCAGAGCCCUGCAGAAGGCCAGAGAGAGGAGGCGACGCCAGCGUGAGAGGGCUGAGCGCAAGCGGCAGUCUGACAGUAACACCAGCUUCCUGCGGGCUGCCAGGGCCGGGAACAUCGACAAAGUCCUGGAAUUCCUGAAAGGUGGAGUGGACAUCAGCACGUGUAACCAGAAUGGCCUGAACGCACUGCAUCUGGCAGCAAAGGAGGGCCAUGAGGAUUUGGUUGAGGAGCUGCUGGAGAGAGGCGCACCGGUUGACUCAGCCACCAAGAAAGGAAAUACUGCUCUCCACAUUGCAUCAUUGGCUGGACAAGAGCAAGUAGCCAAAGUUCUGGUGAAGAGAGGAGCAGAUGUCAACUCUCAGUCACAGAAUGGCUUCACACCACUCUACAUGGCAGCCCAGGAAAAUCACCUGGAUGUGGUGCGUUAUUUGUUAGAAAAUGGAGCAAACCAGAGUAUUGCAACAGAGGACGGCUUCACCCCACUGGCCAUUGCUCUCCAGCAGGGUCAUAACUCCGUGGUCUCCCUGCUCUUGGAGCACGACACCAAGGGCAAGGUCCGUCUGCCGGCCCUGCACAUCGCUGCCCGCAAGGAUGACACCAAGUCUGCUGCCCUGCUGCUCCAGAAUGAUCACAACGCCGAUGUCCAGUCCAAGAUGAUGGUCAAUAGAACCACGGAGAGCGGGUUCACUCCCUUGCACAUUGCUGCUCACUACGGCAACGUGAAUGUCUCCACCCUGUUGCUUAACAGAGGGGCUGCCGUGGACUUCACAGCCAGGAAUGGGAUAACACCACUACACGUGGCCUCAAAGAGAGGCAAUACCAACAUGGUAGCCCUGCUGUUGGACCGAGGAGCUCAGAUCGAUGCUAAGACCAGGGAUGGGCUGACCCCUCUGCACUGUGCAGCCAGAAGUGGGCAUGACCCAGCAGUUGAGCUUCUGCUGGAGCGAGGAGCCCCCAUGUUAGCCAGAACCAAAAAUGGGCUUUCCCCACUGCACAUGUCAGCCCAGGGGGACCACGUUGAGUGUGUGAAGCAUCUACUGCAGCACAAGGCACCUGUUGAUGAUGUCACACUGGACUACCUUACAGCGCUGCAUGUAGCAGCUCACUGUGGCCACUAUAGAGUCACUAAGCUGCUCCUGGACAAGAGGGCCAACCCCAAUGUCAGAGCGCUGAAUGGAUUUACUCCCCUCCAUAUUGCCUGCAAGAAGAACAGGGUGAAGGUGAUGGAGCUGUUGGUCAAAUAUGGAGCCUCCAUCCAAGCCAUCACAGAGUCUGGCCUGACCCCCAUCCAUGUAGCAGCCUUUAUGGGCCACUUGAAUAUUGUUUUGCUUCUGCUACAAAAUGGAGCCUCUCCUGAUGUGUGCAACAUUCGUGGUGAGACAGCGCUCCACAUGGCAGCACGUGCUGGUCAAAUGGAAGUGGUCCGCUGUUUACUGAGAAAUGGAGCACUGGUCGACGCAAUGGCAAGGGAAGACCAGACCCCCCUCCACAUCGCCUCUCGCCUUGGCAAAACCGACAUUGUCCAGCUGUUGCUGCAGCACUUGGCUCAUCCAGAUGCUGCCACUACCAAUGGCUACACCCCUCUCCACAUCUCGGCAAGGGAAGGACAGGUGGAGACUGCGGCUGUGCUGCUGGAGGCCGGGGCCUCACACUCAUUGGCCACUAAGAAAGGAUUUACUCCAUUACAUGUGGCAGCUAAGUAUGGAAGCCUUGAUGUAGCACAACUCCUCCUUCAACGCAAAGCUCUCCUAGAUGAUGCUGGCAAGAAUGGCUUAACUCCGUUGCAUGUGGCAGCUCACUAUGACAACCAACAGGUGGCACUCCUGCUGCUGGAAAAAGGGGCAUCGCCUCAUGCUACUGCAAAGAAUGGAUAUACUCCUCUCCACAUCGCAGCCAAGAAGAACCAGACAUCCAUUGCCCUGGCAUUGCUCCAGUAUGGAGCGGAAACCAACGUUCUGACCAAGCAGGGCGUCAGCCCUCUGCUCCUGGCUGCACAGGAGGGACACGCUGAGAUGGUCAGCCUGCUUCUCGGCAAAGGGGCUCACGUCAACACACCCACCAAGAGUGGACUGACUCCAAUGCACCUCACAGCCCAAGAGGAUAGAGUCAGCGCAGCAGAGGUCCUGGCCAAGCAUGAUGCCAACUUAGACCAACAAACUAAGCUUGGAUAUACUCCUCUGAUAGUAGCCUGUCACUAUGGAAAUGCCAAGAUGGUGAACUUCCUGUUGCAGCAAGGUGCUAGCGUCAAUGCCAAAACAAAGAACGGAUACACACCUCUUCAUCAGGCUGCACAACAAGGGAACACACACAUCAUUAACGUGCUACUACAACACGGGGCGAAACCCAAUGCUACCACUGUGAAUGGAAACACUGCGUUGACGAUUGCUAAACGUCUGGGUUAUAUCUCUGUGGUGGACACGCUGAAGGUUGUCACCGAAGAGGUCAUCACCACAACCACGACCGUUACAGAGAAACAUAAACUGAAUGUUCCAGAGACCAUGACGGAAAUCUUAGAUGUGUCCGAUGAAGAGGGUGAGGAUACCAUGACAGGGGAUGGAGGGGAGUACCUGAGAGCAGAAGACCUUAGAGAGCUGGGAGACGAUUCUCUGCCGGGUCACUACUUGGAUGGCUUUAGCUACAUGAGCCACAACCUAGACAGGCCUCAUCAGACCCCUCUUCACCAGAGCUUCCACCAGAGAGAUGGAGUUCUGAUAGAAGAAAUUAUUACAAGCCGGCAGGUGCCAUCUCUGUCUAGAGAGAAUGAGAAGGAAUCGUAUCGUCUAAGCUGGGGUGCUGAGCACCUCGAUAAUGUGGUGCUUUCUUCCAGCCUGCUGCAGUCAGGCUUCCUGGUCAGCUUUAUGGUUGAUGCUAGGGGAGGGGCCAUGCGCGGUUGCCGACACAAUGGCUUGCGUAUCAUCGUACCACCCAGAAAGUGUUCUGCACCUACACGGGUGACGUGCAGGCUGGUGAAGAGACACCGUCUGGCCUCUAUGCCCCCCAUGGUGGAAGGAGAGGGACUUGCUGGUCGCAUAAUAGAAGUAGGACCCACUGGAGCUCAGUUUCUGGGUAAGCUCCACCUUCCUACAGCUCCACCCCCUUUGAAUGAGGGUGAGAGCCUGGUCAGUCGCAUUCUGCAGCUGGGUCCUCCAGGGACCAAGUUCCUCGGGCCUGUGAUUGUGGAGAUUCCUCACUUUGCUGCUCUGCGGGGUACUGAGAGAGAGCUGGUGAUCCUGAGGAGUGAGACGGGCGAGAACUGGAGGGAGCACUACUGUGACUACACUGAGGAAGAACUCAACCAAAUACUUAAUGGCAUGGAUGAGGAGCUGGAUUCCCCUGAGGAGUUGGAGAAGAAGAGAAUAUGCCGUAUUAUUACUCGGGACUUCCCACAGUACUUUGCAGUGGUGUCACGGAUCAAGCAAGACAGCCACUUGAUCGGCCCGGAUGGUGGCAUCCUGAGCAGCACUCUGGUGCCUCAGGUCCAGGCUGUCUUCCCUGAGGGAGCCCUUACGAAGAAGAUAAGGGUCGGACUACAGGCCCAGCCAAUAAGUGUUGAGCUGGUGAGAAAGAUUCUUGGCAAUAAGGCCUUGUUCAGCCCAAUCGUCACAUUGGAACCAAGGAGGAGGAAGUUCCACAAGCCAAUCACCAUGACGAUUCCUGUCCCCAAGGGUUCUAACAGUGAUGGGACAACCACAGUUUUUAGUGGGGAGACCCCCACUUUGCGCUUGCUGUGCAGUAUUACUGGUGGAACCACUCCUGCACAGUGGGAGGAUAUCACCGGCUCCACACCUCUCACCUUUGUUAACCAAUGUGUGUCCUUCACAACAAAUGUGUCAGCCAGAUUCUGGCUUAUAGACUGCAGGCAGAUCCAGGAAUCUGUCAAUUUCUCCUCUCAGCUGUACAGGGAGAUCAUUUGUGUCCCUUACAUGGCCAAGUUUGUCAUCUUUGCCAAGACCCUGGACCCCAUCGAGGCAAGACUGCGCUGUUUCUGCAUGACUGAUGACAAGAUGGACAAGACACUGGAGCAGCAAGAGAACUUCACUGAAGUAGCCCGAAGUCGAGACGUAGAGGUGCUGGAGGGAAAACCUAUAUUUGCUGAUUGCUUUGGAAACCUGGUGCCUCUUACCAAGAGUGGGCAGCACCAUGUAUUCAGCUUCUUCGCCUUCAAAGAGAACAGACUCGCCCUGUUUAUAAAGAUUCGGGACACCGCCCAGGAGCCGUGUGGUCGGCUGUCAUUCACUAAGGAACCGCGCACCUACCGUAGUCUUCACCACAAUGCAAUCUGUAACCUCAACAUCACCCUCCCAACAUACUCGAAGGAGUCUGAUUCAGAGCAAGAUGUAGAUGAUGAGGUAGAUAUGUUUUCACCAAAAUCUCCAAAAUCUCAGACAGAAAGGAAAGAGGAGACGCUAGCUAUCAUUGCAGAUCUUCUUGGGUUCAGCUGGACUGAGUUGGCAAGAGAACUGGAAUUCAACGAGGAUGAGAUUCAACUAGUGAGGACAGAGAACCCGAACUCCCUUCAAGAACAGAGCCAUGCCCUGCUACAGCGCUGGGCUGAACGGGAAGGAAAACAUGCCACAGAGGACUGUCUAAUUAGGAGGCUGACUAAGAUAAACCGUAUGGACAUUGUCCAUCUCAUUGAAACCCAAAUGAAUAAAUCUGUGCAAGAGCAAACAUCAAGAACCUAUGCAGAGAUUGAGAAGACAUUGGACCAUAGUGAAGUGUCAGUAGCUUUGUCUUCGGUGCAAGAAGAUGUAGACAGCCCCAGACUAGUACGGAGGGUGGAGUCAGACCGCAGACCACCCCCAGCUGUCUCUGAAGAGGACCUAUCAGUUGCCUCUCUGCUGGAUAUUCCCUCCUGGGCAGAACCUAUCGGACACACCCACUCAGAGAGCAUGCAUGCUGACCUGUUGGAGGAGCUGGAGAUCCCACACGAACUGAACCCUAACCUGUGGACCUCAGAGGAUGUAAAUACACAAGAAUCUACAAAUAAUGAUGAUGUCAAUGAGCAAGCCAGCUCAGAUGACCACACUCCAACCCCACCAGGGCCUGGGUCCCCCCAGCUUGAUCAGCUACUUUCAGAGCUGGAAGAGAUGAAAUUAAAUUUCAGACCAGAGACACUUGACUCACCUCUGUCAGAAUCUAGUGAUGAAAAAUCUACCAAAGAGCUCUAUGAAGUUACUGAACCAUCAUCACACUCCAGGUUUCCCUCUGAAGUUUUCCAGCCAAAUAUAUGUGAUGAAAAUGCAACUGAGCAGCUGUCUCCAGAGUCUUUACCUGAAAUGUGUGCAAAGAAACAUAAAAUUGACAAAUCUGAGGAGUACAUGGCUUAUGCUAAUGAAGAAUAUUCUGCUAUCAACAUUCUUAUUCAAAGUCAAGAACUGUGUAAAUCUACUACAUCACUGAGUGGGUCAAGGCCUGAGGCACCAACACAAAUUCCCCAAGAUCAUGGCCUAAAUUUAUUGGAGACAAAUGUACCAGAGGCCAUUCAGGCUGAUGAUCUUUCCUCUCAGUCUCUAUCGGACUUGACUCCACAAACUGCUGAGACAGUCACAUCUGCUAGACACUUCAGCUUUGAUGAAGUGACACCUUCCCCCUGUUCAGAGAAUGUUGACAUUUUGGCUGAGGGGAUGAGGUUCAAAACCAGUUUACAAAACUCAGAGGAUUGCCUUAAUUCAACCCACAAGUCUCCCUCCUCUCAGUACAGUCUAGCUGAACCCAGACCAGAGAUGAUAUCAACAUUGGAUGAGGAGUAUAGCGUCCCACCUGAGUACAGCCCCGAACCUCCAACAUCUGUGGAUGUUGCCCAUAUUGUUUCACGUAGCACAUUCAUUGUGGACUCUGACCCAGACAAUUACUUUGACUGCAAACAGGCUGAAUCAGAUUUCUCAGAGACUGACCAUGACGUACCUGAGAGAAAGAGGAGGUCAAGCAGUGGUAGUCCCAAGGAUUAUUCCACCUAUCCUGGGGGACAACAAAGGAAGCAUCAGAAAUCUGCAGACCCAGUUGAUUCUACUGUUCACAGACAAGAGCGGGGAGUUUUGUUGUCCUCUGGAAGUGAGGAUUUCGAGGAUGCACCUUAUGUCCAUGAGCCUCUCGAUGACGUUCUUAAAGAGAGUGAAGAAAAGCCAAAUUACAUUAAAACACACAAUGAAGAUUUGACCUUCUACGAGGCUCCACAAGAACUCCCUGCCUGUAGAGAGGAAGCAUACAAUGAUAAUUAUCAAUCUUUGACAAGGGCAGAUGAAAUUCCCGAACUCCACCUUCCAUCAGUAACAGAGGAGAAGUACAUGGACGAAAAUGGUCAAAUGGUGGUCAAACGGGUGACGCGAAAGGUCAUCCGUAAGUGCGUGUCUGCGGACGGUGUGACGCGUGAAGAGGUGUCAUCGGAGGGAGCUCCCCAGGACUCCAUCAGUAUGGCAGAGGGAGACGGCUACUCCAAGGUGGUAAAGCGGACUGUGCUGAAGAGCGAGGGAGAGCAUACAGAGGUAACAUUUACUGGACGUGAGGGUUUCUCAGCAUCGGGAGACGCUGAUGAGGGCUGUGACGUCAGUCGAGCGGAAAGGACAACGGUGGUGGAGGGUGAAAGGACAAUGACACACCACGGUGACCUCUCAUUGGCUUCUAACCUUCCUUCAGCCCAAGAUGACUUCGAGCAGGGCCCACAUGCAUAAAGGCCGCGCCCACAGGCAAACAGUGGUGAAGGGAUCCGGGUUGCAAAAGUGGGUCCAUCUCGAGCAAGUGGAUGACACCAAAGAAGGGUCGCAGCCCCUCGACCUCCAGCCGCAUCUCCAUCGGGUUAUCCACCGCUACUGUGAAGAUGAGCUGGAGGGCUAUGAAAGUGAAGAGGAGGAUGAGGAAGAGGAGGACUAGAAAGAAGAAACAGAAAAGAGGAAGUUUUUAAACACUUCCAGCUCCCCUUACUCCGCGGCAAGUCGUGUACCUAAGGUUUUCCCACUCCUAUGCAUCAGCCA